GACAGUGGAAUUAGUCGUCGUCACUGCUGCGUUCUGCUUAGCGACAUCGGCCGAGCGGCGUUUAUCGUGUCUAUAUGCCAAAUGAUGCUCUCGCAGGGUGGUUUUAAGGCAACAGCGCCCGCUGAGUCGCGCCGCAUUUAGGUCUUGGUUCGCUUCUCGAAAGGGAGUCCAGGAAGCUUGAGAAAAGAGCGAGACAGGAGGCCACGGUUUCCCCAUUUCGCUAACACGCACACAUCACUCCGGCCUUGAUGGUGAUGUAUGCAAGGAAACCAGCAAGAGUCAGUGAUGGGUGCACCGACAGAAGGGAUUUACAGUCCUAUCAGACCCAUAAAUCUCAGCCAAAGAGCCAGACCAGCAGCCUUCACCGUUACGACAAGGUGCGCGAUGGCUCAUCAGAGUCCACGCCCCCUUAUAAGAUGCUGCGACGCUCGGAUGAAAGUCCCGUCAGCAGACAUGGAGACCCCUCAGGACAUGGCAAGACAAAAAUCUCCCACACGGUUCGAGCUAAAAACGGGACCAGCGACUCUCCUCAUGAGAACUCUCAAAACAACAGCUCCCACCAGGGUGCCGACUCGCAUUCCACUCAGAGCAAGCCUGCAGAUCGAGACCCAGCAGACGACUGGACAGAACACAUCAGCUCUUCUGGGAAAAAGUACUACUACAACUGUAGAACUGAAAUCUCCCAGUGGGAGAAGCCCAAGGACCUGUUGGAGAGGGAGCAACGGCAGAAAGACCCGGCCAAGUUGGCGGCAAACAGUUUCCCCAGGGACAUGGACUACAGACAGGAGGCCUUGCAGGACAAAGCUACAAAAAACACUUCAGGGGACCAAUCCAAUGCGUCCAAUAGCGGCCCCGUGUCCUCUUCCUCGCAGACCCUAAUCCCAGUUUCCAGCACAUUUACCACAUCCUCUUCUUCCUCUACCGGGCAGUCAAGUCAAAGUGCCCAGUCCUCGUCACCGGCACUGCUUCAGGACCCGGCCCUCCUGCGCCAGCUCCUGCCUGCGCUUCAAGCGACUCUGCAGAUGAACAACGGCGGGAUGGACAUGGCCAAGCUCAACGAGGUCUUGGCAGCUGCUGUCACCCAAGCUUCCUUGCGGUCUGUGCUUCAUAAGCUGCUCACUGCUGGACCCGCUUUCAACAUCACUGCUCUGCUCUCAGCUGCUCAGCAUGCCAACCAAGCCCAGCACUCCAGUCAGUCCCCCGCAUCGCUGACGUCAGACGCGUCGUCCCCACGGCCUUACGUGUCGCCGCGGAACGGCACGCCGCAGAGCAAUCAGAAAAACCUUCUGAGCGUUCACCCGAGCAGCAUUGCGUCUUCGCAGACGAGGGGCAGUACAUCUUCAGCUAAACAAGGCUCCGCCCCUCUGGCCCAGAACACGGAGAAGCGUCCUGAAGACCCCAGGACUCUCCAGCAAAGAAGCCAGGAGAUUCUCUCCGCGGGAUCAAACGCAGCUGGUGCAACGUUGUCCCACCCCACUUCCAGCAGCAGCAGUCAAAGUCAAUGUGCCGCUCCCACAUCCUUCACCCCCUCCCUGGCAGCUCACUUUGAUGAGAAUCUCAUCAAACAUAUCCAAGGAUGGCCUUCGGAGAACACUGAGAAACAGGCGGCCCGGCUGCGUGAGGACGUCCACAACAUGGGCAGCCUGUACAUGUCGGAACUGUGCACAGAGAUGAAAAACCUUCGCUCCCUGGUCAGAGUCAGUGAAAUUCAGGCCACGCUGAGGGAACAAAGAAUCCUGUUUCUGAGGCAGCAGAGCAAAGAGCUGGACAAGCUGAAAAACCAGAACUCUUACAUGGUCUGAGGAGAACCGCCCGGGACGGACGGCUUAGAAUGUCUUUAAACAGCCGACCGGAUGAGCGCGGCUGCUCUUGUCUGUUUAUUGCCCCCGCAAGAGCGACCGUUAAGACGGCGAGGGUGAGAUGCAUCAUCCCUAACGUGUCUGCCACGUUUCCUGCCCCCCCAAUCGCCAUCGCGAGUCGCGUGGUGGCUCACCAAGCUGGAAACCGAGGACCUCAGGCUCUUUUCAAACGGCACCUUUUCGGAUCGUGUGUAUCGUACGCAAUUUGUUUUCAGGUGUGUUUAGAUGUGUUGUUGUCAGGAAAAGAUUAGGUUGUUUUCUUCAAAAAUAUCAUAACAUUAUUGGCGAAGUGAGUCGUCUGGAUCCGCGCUCUUGUCAGUCGCAUCCGCCUUCAAGCCGCUCAAAUAGACUUUGAUUCAAUAUGUCCAGUGAGUCAUGCAUCUAAAAUGUUUGGCUUCAGUGGCAGUGAUGUUACUAAUGUUUUGUUGUUUUUUCUCAGAAUAAUCAACAUUCCUUUCAACUUGCAGCUGAUUCUCAUGUCACGACAUGAGAUGGACCCGACAUUUAAAAAGUUUAUGGGAAUUUAUGUUCCAGUAAUGCCACUGCACUGGGAAAUCAGAUAUCUCCAAACUCCUGAUGUAUGCAAGCCAUUCGGAAAGGGGGAAAAAAAAAAAAAAGCCCACGUUAUUGGACCUAAAACAGCUGCUCGCUCGUACGAGAGUCAUUUUCAUGCAAUCACUUCAUCAGUUAUGUUUUGUAAUUGGUCUUUUUCUUUUUUUUCUUUUCGUUUAACUGUCAAACCUUUGUGUUCCCCUCAUCCAAAUUGGGGAGAAAUAUUUCAUUCCUUUUUUUUGUGCAGGGUAGCAAGUGAGUCUGUAAAAAUAGCUAAGUGACUGAAUUAACAGUCAAGUAAAUUAUUGAUGAUUAAGUUUGUGCUUGUUGUCAUAAUGCAAAACCUAGUUGGAAAUGUGAAUGUUUUUUUUUUUUUGUCAUUUGAAAUUGAUUUUCACCUUGUUCUGCCUCAGUGGGUGUUGACCCGCUGCCCUCAAUAUUCCAAUUUGGCUCUCAUUUUUUUUUUUUUUUAAUGCAGUCUAUGAGCAACCCAGAGAUCAUAUUGAACUGCAUUUGUAUGCACCCAGAAAGCCAUUUAUUUUCACUCUCUGCUUAUUUUUUCUUUAGUAGAUUCCCCCAGAUGAUGUGCACACUUUUUCUUGAUGGGGAAAGUGGGCUGGGGCGACUGGAAGAGUCAGUGUUUGGGGCGCAAGGGCUUUGUAUUCCAUAAAAUAUGAGAUUAAAAUAUAAUGCCACACCUACGCUAACAGUUGUGCUGUUCAAGGCUGUCAUUUAGCUCGUGCGUUGUGUAUGUGUUCGAUGAGAAUGCCAGAAAAGUUGACCAGUUUCAGCAUGAACAUCGUGUUUUUAGGCUUCUCGUAUGUCAGUGGUAUGACAGCAGUCGGUCUUACUCUGAUGACUAUUUCACUUGAAGUUUGCUAUAGAAAGCGUCAGGAGUUCUAGUAGUUGAUACAUGUAGAUGACAAAUCAUCCUCUGUCCACUAGGUGGUGACAUUGAGCGGCUUAGUGUGCUUCCGUGUAUGUUCAAGGCUGCUUCCUCAGGCCUAUCAGAAAACCUAUUAGUGUUUUAUGUCAUCUAUGGCGAAUGUAACCUUACACAAAAGCGGAAUGGUAUUACAACUCAGUGAAACUGUCCAAUGUAAUCAUAACCCAAAUAUCUGCUCGUGUGUGGAAGAUAAAUGAUCCCACAGAUGCAGAGAGGCUACGUGAAAGUGGCCAGAAAUAGCAAAUAGCACUUCACCAGUUUUGUGUUUUGUAGAGUGACCAUGGCCUCUUCGAGCGCCACAGCAGCGUUUUCCUGCGUGGGUCUGUGGCCAAAACGCGCACUUGAAGCAAAUAGCGUUUGCAAGAGUGUGAGUUAGGUUUUAAACUAAUUCAAGACAGGGUAGACCUGACCUCCACCAUUUCGGCAUGCGCAGUGUCAGCAUGUUUGGGCAGCAAAAUGUUAAAAAUAAAAAUAAAAAAAAUUUCCCCCUCACACUCUUCCUGCACCCAAGUUCCAAAGAAAAUGAAAGCGUUUUCAUAAUCUUGUUAACAAUGCAUAAACAAAAAACAAAUUAACAGUAAAGUACAUGAUUUAAGGUCCAAUGUCCAAAGAAAUCAAAUGCAUUGAGCCACGUUUUUAAACACUUGUGUGUAAAUGUUAAAUGAAUAAAGCACUUCCACAGCGAUGAUGCUUUUAGCAGAUAACCUGUAAGUGGCCAGCGCUAACUGCUGCUAGCGUUAGCAGUCGACUCCAGUGUCUUCAGUCAGUUCAGUGACUGGUGUGCUUGUUCGCUAAUAUUACAGACAGUUCAGGAUAUAUUCUUUUGAAUGCCCCUCGAGGCUGGACCUUUUGUUCUUGGUCUCUCGAUAGAAAGCCAAAGAAAAUGCAAAACACCUGGCGAAAUGGAGCUGUAAUCGCAAGUUGACUCAUGUUGACGGACCGGCUCAACCUUUUUGAGCGUCCUUUGCAGUGUAAUUUCCCACCAAAUUUUGGGUUGUCUUGCUAAUUGUAGCGCCUCUGGUCCGUUACAAUCCCGAGGUACCAUUUUGUGUCACUUUUAGACUUCCGUUAGCUGCGUAGCGUCCUAUCCAUAAAUCCAGUUUUAUUUGUGCUGAACCACUUGCUGAAGUCAGUUUUCUUGCUUUUCGCUUUCAUUCCUCACAGUUGGUCUGAGUUUGAGUUAGUCUAUAAAUAAUAUGCAUCUCUGGGGAGCAUAAUGUAUGUUAUUUAAAGUUUUUAAUGCUUUUGUCAUGAUAUUAGAACUGCUACAUUGUCGUGUAGUGGUUUGUCAUUUUUUUGGAGGUGAUACAUGAACAUGAUUAAUUACGUUUCUUGCCUUAUUAUUAAUGGUAGACAUUAAAAGUGACGAGCAGAGGGACCUGUUUGGACCUUGGAAAUGAAACGACCGCAGGCAGCACGCGGCAGCUGCAUGAAUGCACGAGGUGCGUUCAGGGACACUGCGUAAGCGGGA